GGCCGCUAUAGGUGGCGAAAGUUAAAGAAAUUUGAAAGACAGAGAGAGAAAAAAAUAACCGAAGAAAAACUGCGAAGUAAUGAAAACUUUAACAUUUUGGGUAGCUAGUCUACUGUGCCUGAGUGCGGUGGUUCAGGCGGGAAUAAUUCAAAAACGGGAGAAUAACUAUGUGUCGGAGGGUCCUGAUUUAACAACAACCACUACAGGCAUCCCACCAGUUUACACCACCCUAACAACGGAGGCUCCUGGUAAUACCACCCAGAAUCCUUGGACCACUGAGGGUCCAGGAUCAAACAAUAGCACCACAACUGCUAAACCCCCUGUGGCGAAUACAACUUCCAGCCCUCCUGUAACAGAGGGUCCUGGCCCCGAGUACGGAGGAGUUGUGGUUUAUGGUGAUUGCUCAUUUCGUGUUAGCGGAGACUUAAAUGAUCCAGCUCCCCUAUUUUCGAAGAGUGGUGCCCUGGAAUGGCUUGUACCAAAUCCUGAGGGAAUUGUGAAAAUCCGCAAUGGAGAUUACAUUGAUAUGUACUGCAGUGAAUCGUUUGUGGGUCCCUAUGAAAAUGUGACGAAAAUUACUGCUCAAUGUCUGCAGGGCCUGUACUUUUUGGUGGAUGGUAUUAUACGUCCAUUUAACAAUUUUAGUUGUACGGAUUGGCCGAUAUAUACCGCACGCCGGACUGGACGCACUUGCAGUGGUGGUACGGAUCUUUUGGAGGUGGGAUUUGAGGUCAGUGAUGGUUUCCUGCAAACCAUGGAUAUUUGCCACGAUGAAGUGAAUGAAGUUACCCGUUAUGUCCACCAUGUCUUGAAUCCAUCCAGUGCCUCAUAUCAGAGAUCUGUGGCUAGACCACGUUUUAUAGAGGGUGACUUUUACAAAGGCAAGAAUGUGGAUAAUCUGUAUACCAAGGUCCAACAGAAUAUUACGAUAAGUAAAAUUUUGGGUAUGGAUGCCUCGCCGUACUUCAAUGAUUCCAUUGAUAUCUAUAUGGCCCGUGGUCAUAUGGCUGCCAAGACGGAUUUCAUUUUUGGUUCUCCCCAAAGGGCCACCUUCUUCUUUGUCAAUGUGGGCCCCCAGUGGCAGGCUUUCAAUGGUGGCAACUGGGAAAGAGUUGAGGAUGGUGUGAGGAAAUAUGUGGCCAAGGAAAAUUUAACCGUUGAUUGCUACACUGGUAUCUGGGGAGUAUCGACCUUGCCCGAUGUGAAUGGCACCCAACAGGAGUUGUAUUUGGCUUUUGAUGAAAACAAUAAUGGCUUGAUCCCAGUACCUAAAAUCUACUUCCGUGUGGUAAUUGAUCGUGCUACACGUAAAGGUAUUGUCCUGAUUGGUGUUAAUAAUCCCCAUGCCUCGCUGGAACAAAUCAAGGAGGAAUAUUUGAUCUGUGAAGAUAUCGGUGAUAAGAUCGAUUGGAUUCAAUGGGCCAAGGAGGAUUUGUAUAAGGGUUACUCCUAUGCCUGUUCGGUGCCUGAUUUUAUUAAGGUUGUCAAACAUUUGCCCUUGGAGGAUUUGGAAACAUCAGGAAUUCUGGGAAUUGAGGAAGAUAAAGGAGAUGAGGGCUGCUCUUUCCGUGUCACCGGAGAUUUGAAGGAUCCAGCUCCACUCUUUAGCCAUGCGGGAAAUCUUCAAUGGGUUGUGCCCAAUCCCAGUGGUGUGGUGGAAUUAAAAUCUGGAGAGUCAUUGGAUAUGUAUUGUUCGGAAUCAUUUGUGGGUGCCUUUGAAAAUAGGACCAAAGUCUCUGCCGAAUGCCAGAGUGGCUUCACUUAUCUGGUUGGUGGUCAAAAGUUCAACUUCAGCGAUUUCAGCUGCACAGAGUGGCCAGUUUACACAGCACGUAGAACUGGACGCAAUUGCAAUGGUGGUACGGAUCUAUUGGAGGUUGGCUUUGAGGUCAGUGAUGGUUUCCUACAGACCAUGGAUAUUUGUCACGAUGAAGUCAAUGAAGUUACCCGUUAUGUCCAUCAUGUCUUGAAUCCAUCCAGUGCCUCAUAUCAGAGAUCUGUGGCUAGGCCACGUUUUAUUGAGGGUGACUUUUACAAAGGUAAGAAUGUGGAUAACCUGUAUACCAAGGUGCAACAAAACAUAACCAUUAGCAAAAUUUUGGGUAUGGAUGCUUCACCGUACUUCAAUGAUUCCAUUGACAUCUAUAUGGCCCGAGGACAUAUGGCUGCCAAGACGGAUUUCAUUUUUGGAGCUCCCCAAAAGGCCACCUUCUUCUUUGUCAAUGUCGGCCCUCAAUGGCAGGCCUUCAAUGGUGGCAACUGGGAAAGGGUUGAGGAUGGUGUCCGCAAAUAUGUGGCCAAGGAAAAUUUAACCGUCGAUUGCUACACUGGCAUCUGGGGAGUAUCGACCUUGCCCGAUGUGAAUGGCGCCCAACAGGAGUUGUAUUUGGCGUUUGAUGAAAACAACAAUGGAUUGAUUCCCGUACCCAAAAUCUACUUCCGUGUGGUUAUUGAUCGUGCUACGCGCAAGGGUAUUGUCCUGAUUGGUGUUAAUAAUCCCCAUGCCACGCUGCAGCAAAUCAAGGAGGAAUAUGUGAUCUGUGAAGAUAUUGGAGAUAAAAUCGAUUGGAUUCAAUGGGCCAAGGAGGAUUUGUAUAAAGGCUACUCCUAUGCCUGUUCAGUGCCUGAUUUCAUUAAGGUUGUCAAAAAUUUGCCCUUGGAGGAUUUGGAAACAUCAGGAAUUCUGGGAAUUGAGGAAAAUAAAGGAGACGAGGGCUGCUCAUUCCGGGUCACAGGAGAUUUAAAGGACCCAGCUCCACUCUUUAACCAUGCGGGAAAUCUUCAAUGGGUUGUGCCCAAUCCCAGUGGUGUGGUGGAAUUAAAAUCUGGAGAGUCAUUGGAUAUGUAUUGUUCGGAGUCAUUUGUGGGUGCUUUUGAAAAUAGGACCAAAGUUUCGGCGGAAUGUCACAGUGGCUUCACUUAUCUGGUUGGAGGCCAAAAAUAUAACUUCAGCGAUUUUAGCUGCACAGAUUGGCCGAUAUAUACCGCACGCCGAACUGGACGCAAUUGCAGUGGUGGUACGGAUCUUUUGGAGGUUGGUUUUGAGGUCAGUGAUGGUUUCCUACAGACCAUGGAUAUUUGUCACGAUGAAGUGAAUGAAGUUACCCGUUAUGUCCACCAUGUCUUGAACCCAUCCAGUGCCUCAUAUCAGAGAUCGGUGGCUAGGCCACGUUUCAUUGAGGGUGACUUUUACAAGGGAAAGAAUGUGGAUAACCUGUAUACCAAAGUGCAACAGAACAUAACCAUCAGUAAAAUUUUGGGCAUGGAUGCCUCGCCGUACUUCAAUGAUUCCAUUGACAUCUAUAUGGCCCGAGGACACAUGGCUGCUAAGACAGAUUUCAUUUUUGGAGCUCCCCAAAAGGCCACCUUCUUCUUUGUCAAUGUGGGCCCCCAGUGGCAGGCUUUCAAUGGUGGAAACUGGGAAAGGGUUGAGGAUGGUGUCCGCAAAUAUGUGGCCAAGGAAAAUUUAACCGUUGACUGCUACACUGGCAUCUGGGGAGUAUCGACCUUGCCCGAUGUGAAUGGCACCCAACAGGAGUUGUAUUUGGCUUUUGAUGAAAACAAUAAUGGUUUGAUCCCCGUACCGAAAAUCUACUUCCGUGUGGUUAUUGAUCGUGCCACGCGCAAAGGUAUUGUCCUGAUUGGUGUUAAUAAUCCCCAUGCCUCGCUGCAGCAAAUCAAGGAGGAAUAUUUGAUCUGUGAAGAUAUUGGUGAUAAGAUCGAUUGGAUUCAAUGGGCCAAGGAGGAUUUGUAUAAGGGUUAUUCUUAUGCCUGUUCGGUGCCUGAUUUCAUUAAGGUGGUUAAACAUUUGCCCUUGGAGGAUUUGGAAACAUCUGGAAUUUUGGGUAUUACCCAAGAUCCAGAUGUGGCUGAUGAGGGCUGUUCAUUCCGUGUCACCGGAGAUUUGAAGGAUCCAGCUCCUUUAUUUGCCAAUUUCGGUACACUUGAAUGGCUGGAACCCAACAGCAGUGGUGUGGUGGAAUUGAAAUCCGGCGAUGCGAUUGAUAUGUACUGCUCCAAGUCGUUUGUUGCUCCCUUUACAAAUCAGGUGAAGUUGUCGGCUCAGUGCCUGGGUGGCUUCACCUAUUUGGUGGAAGGCCAGAAAUACAAUUUCAGCGAUUUCAGUUGCAGUGCCUGGCCUGUCUAUACCGCACGCAGGACUGGACGCAGUUGUAAUGGCGGCACCGAUCUCUUGGAGGUGGGAUUUGAUGUCAGUGAGGGCUUUCUGAAAACCAUGGAUAUUUGCCAUGAUGAGAUCAAUGAAGUCACACGUUAUGUCCAUCAUGUGUUGACCCCUUCCAGCAAUGGCUAUCAGCGUUCGGUCAAUCGUCCCAGUUUUAAACCAGGCGACUUCUAUGCUGGCAAAAAUGUCGAUCAACUUUAUACUCAGGUCCAACAGAACCAAACCAUUAGCAAUAUUUUGGGCAUGGAUGCCUCGCCGUAUUUUGAGGGUUCCAAUAUUUAUUUGGCCCGCGGCCACAUGGCGGCCAAAGUGGAUUUCAUUUUUGGUUCUCCCCAGAGGGCAACCUUUUACUUUGUCAAUGCCGCUCCCCAAUGGCAGGCCUUUAAUGCUGGAAACUGGGAACGCGUUGAGGAUGGGGUAAGGAAAUAUGUUGUCGAUCAACAAUUGACUGUGGAUUGUUAUACCGGCAUCUGGGGUGUUGCCACUUUGCCGGAUGUCAAUGGCGAACAACGGGAAUUGUAUUUGGCUUUCGAUGAAAACAACAAUGGUUUGAUCCCUGUACCCAAAAUCUAUUUCCGCAUUGUGAUUGAUCGUGCCAGCCGCAAGGGUAUUGUUCUGAUUGGUGUCAAUAAUCCUCACGCGUCGCUGGAACAGAUUAUGCAGGAGUAUGUCAUUUGUGAAGAUAUUGGUGAUUACAUCGAUUGGAUCAAUUGGAAAAAGGAUGAUUUGAUCAAGGGUUAUUCCUAUGCCUGUUCAGUGCCAGAUUUCAUCAAGGUUGUCAAACAUUUGCCGCUGGACGAUUUGGAAACUUUGGGUGUUUUGGGUGUUAGCGAAUAAAUCUGGCAGCACUGGUGGAAUUUAAUUUUUGUUAUAAAAUUUUCAUCAACAAUAAAUGAAAUUGUU